AUGGAGACUAGACAAAGACGUACUCGGGGCCGUGGACGAGAACCCAGGCAAGUCCAGGAUCAAGGGGAGGAACAAGGUUCGGUGGCAAAUCAAAACCAGGGACCCCGAGGUGAUAGAGGGGACCAAGUAGCAACAGCUAUUAAUCGAAUGACUGAUUUGUUGGCCCAUUUGGUUGACCAGCAGGGUCAAGUACUUGGUAACCAACAAAGGGACCCCGAAGUAGGCGAGGAUAGGGCCCUGGAGCGGUUUCAAAAGUUUGCUCCUCCAAAAUUUCUUGGAAGACAUGAACCUGAAGUUGCCGAGAAUUGGUUCGAGCGAAUGGAGGAUAUAUUCGCUGCGUUGCAUUACUCUGAAGAGAGGCAAGAGAAAAGGGAGGAUGAGUUCAUUAAACUGCGCCAAGGCACUUCAAGUGUGGCAGAGUAUGAAACGCAGUUCACCCAACUUUCCAAGUUUGCCCCAGAAUUGGUGGUAAGUGAGCAAAAGCGUAUAAGGCGGUUUAUACAAGGUUUGAAUGUAGAAAUCCAAAAGGAUUUAGCUGCCGCUCAAAUUGACACCUUUAAGGAUGCGCUUGAAAAGGCUCAACGUGUGGAGCAGGCCCGAUCUCAAGUUCGGACCUUUCAGGCUAAGAAGCGUGGUGCAUCUACCAGUACUCCUGGCCGAAGUGAUCAGAAUGUGCCACCUCCGAAGUUUGGAAAGGGUACGAGUGGAGCCCGAAUUGCGGGGACACCAAGAGGUGGAGCUUCAUCUAGAGGAGCUCAAGGUAGAAGGGGACAGGGACAACAGAAAACUGUCUCCCUAGGAGUUCCCGCACCCACCACACGUGUAAGCUGUGGAUAUUGUGGUAAGCCAAAUCAUACCGAAGACAAUUGCUGGAAAAAGUUGAAAAAGUGCCUUGUUUGUGGAAGUUCUGAACACCAGAUUGCCACUUGCCCUGUUAAGAAUCGUGACGGGAACGGGGGUACCCAGUCGGAAAAGUCAAACCCUAAGCAACCUACCGCCAGUGCAAGUCGACCCAAAACCUCUGCUAGGGUUUUUGCUUUGGACCACCGGCGAGUUCCGGAUUCCUCGGAAGUAGUGGAAGGUACGAUCCCUAUAUUCCACCGCUUAGCUAAACUUUUGAUUGACCCUGGGGCAACCCAUUCUUUUGUGAAUCCUGCCUUUAUGUGUGGUAUUGCUGCGAAUCCUGUUAAGUUGCCGUAUGAUUUAGAAGUGAAAACACCGACUGGGAAUCAAAGCCUAAUUACCAAUAUGGUCUAUAAAAAUUGUGAGAUUUGGGUAGGAGAACGGAAGUUAGUGGGUGACUUGAUAAGUUUAGACCUUAAGGGGUACGAUGUAAUUAUAGGCAUGGAUUUGCUGGCCCGUUAUAACGCCCAAUUGAACUGUAAAACAAAGGUGGUAGAAUUCUCAAUACCCGGAGAGGCAACUUUAUGGUUGGACGUGAGAGGUAGGUUAGCCUUGUCUGCACUUGUUUCGGGAAUCCGAGCCAGAAAGUUGUUAAGUAAGGGGGCGCAAGGCUACUUAGCCUUCUUAAUUAAUACUCCUGGAGAUAAAGUGAAACUGGAGGAUGUUGUAGUAGUGAAUGAAUUUCCUGAUAUCUUUCCCGAUGAGUUGAAAUCAAUGCCAUCAGAAAGGGAAAUAGAAUUUAAGAUCGAUUUAGUACCUGGAACUGCUCCCAUUGCAAAAACGCCAUACCGAAUGGCCCCCGCCGAACUUAAAGAGUUGAAACUGCAGUUACAAGAUCUGUUAGAAUGA